GGAAUCUACACCUCCACCCCCUCCGGCUCGCACCUCAACCCCGCCAUAACCUUCACCGCAUGUCUCCUCCGUCGUUUCCCCUGGUCCAACCUCCCCCUCUACACCCUCUCCCAACUCCUCGGCGCCAUGACCGGUUCCGCCAUCGUCUACCUAAACUACCAUUCCGCCAUCACCCUCUACGAAGGCUCCCCUUCCCCCCUCUCCCCCUCCAACACCACCACCACAGCCCCCAUCUUCGCAACCUACCCCGCCCCCUUCCUCUCCCAAACGGGCCAAUUCCUCAGCGAAUUCCUCGCCAGCGCCAUCCUCAUGUUCCUCGUCUUUGCGCUCAAAGAUGAAGGGAAUCUCGGUGCCGGCGUUUUGGGUAAGAAACUCUUCCCGUUCGCCAUGUUCUUCGUUAUUUUUGGCAUCGGGGCGUGUUUUGGAUGGGAAACGGGGUAUGCUAUGAACCUGACGAGGGAUUUUGGACCCCGCUUAGUGAGUUUUUGGUUGGGGUAUGGGGGGGGGGGGGGGGGGGGGGGGGGCUGGAGGGUUCCCAUGGUGGCGCCAUUUGUUGGAUGUACCUUUGGCGGAUGGCUGUAUGAUGUGCUUCUCUAUACUGGCGAAGAUAGUGUGGUCAAUGCUCCCUAUAUGGGCAUGGGUUGGCUGGUCCAACCG